UUUUAUCAACGAACCGAAUUUUAGAAAAAAGAAAAACAAGAAAAAGAAAAGAAAGCCUUCGUUUUACGCUAAAAAGUACCUGGGCUCCAUACGUUCUUUCUUGUUUCCUAUGUGGAGGUUAGCUGCUCAUCACUCUCUCUAUAUCUAUCUCUCUGCAUAGUAAUCGUCGCCGGAGAAUGGUCGGAGCUCAACUUUGCGUCCGUACAGUUUCCGGUUCCGGUGAUCUUCUGGAUCGAGCAAAUGUGAGCCGUCAAAUUCCGAGUUCGCUAGGUUGUUAUUCUUCUUUUUCGCUUCGCUUCUCGUUUCAAUUAGGUUUCUGGUACGGACAUUGUCGUAGAUCAAAAUCGAUCUUCGUAUCCUGCAAGUCCUCUCGAAGCUUCGGUCACAAUUCACACGGCACCGGAGAUACUGAUCACGACUAUCUCGAAGCCUUCGUGCUUCUUUCCGAAACUAUCAAGCACUACCGGAUGCGUCUGCAAGGAUUUCAAGAAGAAAUCAAGUGGCAGUCCUCUGCCCAAUUGUUUCCCUUCUCUGUUCAAGCAAAGGAAUCUAGAGCUGAUGUCAGUUCAAUAGGACCGGCAUUUCUUCGUCGUUUCCAGAGUCCCACAAUUUUUUUGAAAAUCUCUUGUGAUGGGGACCUCUUGCUACCUAUAAUUGUAGGGGAAUUUGCUGUUGAAAAACUUAUAGAUUCCACAAGCGAGGAUGAGAGUUGGGAUUGCCCAAAUCAGUUCCAGCUUGUGAGAAACCUUGUGGAGAAACUUGGCUAUAGAGUCACAAUGGUGAGGAUUACAGAAAGAGUAGUUAAUACUUACUUUGCCAGGAUAUUUUUUUGCAAGCCUGGGGAAAAAGAUACUCUAAGUGUUGAUGCACGUCCCUCAGAUGCCAUAAACGUCGCAAAGAGAUGCAGGGCACCCAUAUAUGUAAAUAAACAAAUUGUUUUCACAGAUGGCAUUAGAAUUGCUUAUGGGAUGGGCAGAAUGCCGGAUGCAAAGUCCAUAUAUGAUGUAUCUUUAGACAGUGCUGCAGAUGGUCCAGAUUUACUAGCUGAGGAAUUAGAUUUGGUGAGGAAUAUGAAUUUAGCUGUCAAAGAGGAAAGAUACAGCGAUGCAGCCAUGUGGAGAGACAAACUCAUGAAGCUUCUUGAGUCAAGGCACGAGCAUUAAAUAAUUGUCCAGUGGUUUGGUUCGUAGAUGCAUCUACUUAUGGAUGAUGAGAUGAGUAAAAGAAGACUUGUAGAUGUUUGAAAUCACAAUUCCAUAUCCACACAAGCUGAUGAAGGAAAACGCAUGAAAUUGGUAAAUAAUUGAAGUAACUUGUGAAACAUUGUCACGUACAGCUUUGAUUUAAAGUAGGAAUGUUGUACCUCCUGUAAAUUUGACGUCAUAAACUAUUAUAUACUUGAACAGAAGUAUGUUUUCCAAACUGGGCUACAAAUUUGUUUGUAUGUAACAGUUGAAACAUCAUGUAUAACAAGAAACGAAGACAUUGCUUUCCAAUUUAUAUGUAAUAACCUAAUGUACGAUAUAGUUCAGUGUUUAAUAUACCUCUUUUAGUGAA